GUGUGAAACCAUGAUGGCCGAGACAGCGUUUGCUAUUUCGAGGACGGUAACGCGAGUGUGUGUCCUCUUUAUCGAGUGUUAAAUCAAGGUAGAAGCUCCUAGGCUUGGCGGAAACAUCCUUUAAAGAAUGACCGACGAUUCUUCGCCAAUUUUGUUACAGAACGAAAUCGAUCGAUCCGGUAGUUUUAGAAGAGGAAGGGCUCGACCCUCCUCCUUUUCCCAUGGUGAGCUUCGCCGAGCGGGAUAAGAGCAGUGCGUGUGCUCUUCACGCGUGCAUCCUUUACGCGGAGAUCAUAAAAUGCACCGCUACAGAUAGUUCCUCGAUCAAGCGUGUGGCGAACCAGGCGCUUACCGUUUCGCCACAGCCGGCAGUAACGGUGGAGGGGCCGGUGUCUAAAAUGUCUCCACCGACUAACGACGUGACCAACGGUGUAGUGGCGCCAGCAGCCACCUUGGCGCCCCGAGUUCCCACUAAUCCUUCGCUCGCCACCGUCAAUCCGCUCACUCAUAAGCGCACUCCGAAGGAUUUCAUUUUUGGCAAGGUGAUCGGCGAGGGAAGUUUCUCAACCGUUUACCUCGCCAAGGAUAUCCAUACCAGCAAGGAGUACGCGAUAAAAGUGUGCGACAAGCGUCACGUUAUCAAGGAGAAAAAAACCGAGUACGUGAAACGCGAGAAAGAGGUGUUGAACAUGCUCGCGACAGCGAAACAUUCUUUCGUGCGUUUGUUCUGCACCUUCCAGGACAUGGACAGACUCUAUUUUGUUCUAUCGUACGCGAAAAACGGCGAGCUCUUACCUUAUAUCAAUAAGGUUGGCUCGUUUGACAUCGAAUGUACCAAGUUCUACUCGGCUGAGAUCCUACGUGGUCUCGAGUACCUUCACGGUCUCGGUAUCAUUCAUCGCGAUCUCAAGCCAGAGAACAUAUUGCUGGAUGAUAAGAUGCACUUGCUCAUUACCGAUUUCGGCAGCGCUAAGAUCUUAAAAGAUCCGGAGACACCGCAAGUAGUGGGACCUCCGGCGGAUGACGCUCAACAACCGCAGCAGCAACAGCAGUGUCGCAAGGAACGCAGAGGUUCCUUCGUUGGUACCGCGCAGUACGUUUCACCGGAAUUACUGACCGACAAAACGGCGAGCAGAGCGUCGGAUCUUUGGGCGCUCGGCUGCAUCGUCUAUCAGAUGGUCGCCGGUUUGCCGCCGUUCCGUUCGCGGAGCGAAUACUUGAUAUUCCAAAAGAUCUUAAAAAUCGAGUACGAAAUUCCCGAUGGCUUCUGCGAGUUGGCUAAGUCCCUCGUAAGUCAACUCCUCGUGCUCGAACCGAACGACAGACUCGGCGCGCAGGACGAACACGGGGCUGGUUAUCCUAGCAUUCGUGCUCAUCCGUUCUUCAAGGGUGUCGAUUUUGAAACCCUUCACGAACAAACGCCACCGCCGAUUUAUCCCUACUUACCCGGAACGUCGGAACACGAGGAACUCAGGUCGCAGUACAGAGUUCCGGAUCAUCUCGAGCCCGGCCUCGACGACAAGCAACUAACGAGACUUCUCGGAAUUGUCAUUGGCGAGGACGACGACGACGAUGACGAUGACGACGACGAGGAAGAUCAGGAAAACGCGGACAGCAACGUUGAACCUACUAGCAACGAGCCGAGCAAAAGAGUCAUUGACAAACCUGCCCGACGCGCUGCUAUACUUGCUGCCGCAGCUGCUGUCGCCGAGAGACAACCGAGGAAGACCAGGACUUCCGGCACCGAGAGUAACAUCGCUGAUCUCACCCCUGAGGAGAUUAGAAACCGAUUGGAAAAGCAACGAACGUCUUGCCAAUGGGACGUCUUUGUCAAAGGUAAUCUCAUCUUGAAGCAAGGAUUCGUCAACAAGAGAAAGGGCCUCUUCGCUAGACGGAGAAUGCUCCUACUCACCACCGGACCUCACCUAUACUACGUCGACCCUGUCAACAUGGUACUCAAGGGUGAGAUACCCUGGAGUCCCGAACUCAGGGUUGAACCUAAGAACUUCAAGAUUUUCUUUGUCCAUACGCCAAACAGGACGUAUUAUCUCGAAGAUCCUGAGGGAUUCGCAUUAGAGUGGUGUAAAGCUAUCGAGGACAUGCGAGUCCAUUAUUACGGCCUGCAGGAAUCCACAGCUUAAGAAGUAACAUUUUAACGAGAGCAAUGAUCACCACGACUCGAUUCUGAAACGCGUUCGAGAAUACAACGGUAUAAACAUUCGACAAUUUCAUCAUUUCGAAUUAACAUUAUAUAGGAAAAGAAUUCGUUAUAUGUAUAUAUAGACACACAGAUCCUCUUAUAUAUAGGAUGACAUCUUUAGGGAUCGAUAGAUGUCGCUUCUAUUUUAGGACAAAAAUUACUCUAGAUCGUUUUGGUCGUUUCCCUUCCUUCGAUUGGAGGGAUCUUAUACUAUUAGGUAAAUUAUCGUUGGAAGAGGUAGUUUCAAUCUGCUUCGAGACGCUAAUAAAUAGAGCAAAUUAUUUAGGGACAAGUAUUUGCGACGCGUCAAUAAUCGUUCACGGUUGAUCCCGAACGUAAAAUGUGGCCGUCGUACAAAGCUUUAGGAAAAUUCUUUAUUAGUCGAAAUUUAUAUUUACGGUUAGAUAAUGAUGAUAAUGAUGAUAAUGAUGAUGAUGAUGAUAAAGAAAAAGAAGAAGAAGAGAAGUGAACUCGAGGAAAAGGGCGGAUGAGAAUUUAGAUUAUAAGAUAGGACGUUUAUGAACGGAUCGAUAGGAAA